AUGCGCAGACCUCGCUUCCUCAGCCCUUCCCAGAGCUGGUCCAGCAGCGAACAGCAGCAGCAGCAGCAGAACAGCGACCACGCCAUCGUCAUGACCACCUCGUUCCCCCAGUCCCCGACGUCGACGGUGAGCAGCCGUCCUGGGAGCCGGGAUACCGGCUUCCCAGAGCCCUUCAACGGCGACCGGAACACCACGCUCCCCCACCCGGAGGCGAACCUGUCGCCAGACGCCUGCAUCACGGCCGACGACAUCUCCGUGGCCAAGGUCUUCCACCGGUCGAGGCGGUCCUUCCUCUCCAAGAGCAGCAGGAGGGCGGUCGUCAGCCACGGCAAGAUCGCCCCGGGCGUCGCGCAGAUGUACAGCGGCUCCACGGCCGCCCUGGUCGAGAGCGAGGAGGGCGAGUCGCCGCCGCCGGCCCUCGACAAGAGCGACCCCUUGCUCGGCCAGGUCGUGACCCAGGACGGGAGCGUCGGCCGCGCCUCGUCGUCGCUCAACGGCGACGACGACUACCCGCCCGCGGCGAAGCAGGUGCGGACCUCGGAGGACUCGCCCGGCUCGCCGAAGCGGAGGGGCGUGCUCGGCAAGCUCAAGAUGAGCUCAAAAUAA